AUGGCAGCCGAAACUCAGAAACGCGACAUUGUCAUCGUCGGCGGCGGCAUCAUCGGCGCAACAACAGCAUACUACCUCUCGCAGCACGCCAGCUUCGACAGGGAACGAGACAGCAUCACGCUGCUGGAGGCGACUGAGAUCGCCGGCGGCGCGUCGGGGAAAGCAGGCGGUCUGCUUGCUCUGUGGGCGUACCCAUCAUGCAUCGUCCCGUUGUCGUUUCGUCUGCACAAAGAACUCGCGGACCAGCAUGGCGGCGCGGAGCGCUGGGGGUACCGUGCUGUGCACUGUGGGCAGAUCGACAUGUACGGUGUGCUGAAAAAGGCGGGCGAGGAUGGCGUGAGUGGGCGCAGUGAGCAGUCGAAGAGUUUGCAGAAGCGGGAUGCGAAAGCACUCAGCCUGCUCAGAGCAGCGGGCGUGCCGCCGGAUCUGGACUGGAUCGCCGCAGACGCGGUGCAGAGCUACGAGGCCAUGGGCUCCCCGGGCGAGACCGCGCAGGUCCAUCCGUACCAGUUCACGACGAGCAUGGCGGCGCUGGCCGAGCAGAGCGGCGCCCGCAUCGUGUACGGCACCGCCACGCACAUUGAGAAGGAUAGCAGUGCCGUGACGGGCGUGCGCUACACACCCAAGCACGGCGGCGCGGAGAAGACACUGCACGCGCACACCGUGCUCAUCACCGCCGGACCAUGGACGCAGAGCAUCUGGCCCGCGGCCCCGAUCUCCGCCAUGCGCGCACACAGCGUCACGAUAAAGCCGACGAGACCCGUGUCAGCGUACGCGCUGUUCACAUCCAUCGAGCUCCCACGCUUGCCGGCUUCGAAGCGCGGCGAAACCGUCACGCCGGAGAUCUACGCCCGCCCCAACCAAGAGGUCUACGCCUGCGGCGAAGGCGACCAGCUCGUCCGUCUCCCCGCGUCCUCGGACCUGGUUCAGGUCGACGACAGCCGCUGCCAGGAUAUCAUCGACCACGUGUCUACCGUGAGCGAGGAGUUGCGGGAUGGUGAAGUCACGGCGCGACAGGCGUGCUACCUGCCGAAUGUAUCACGCGGGCAGGGCCCGCUCAUCGGCGAGACGGGUGUGAAGGGGCUGCUCAUGGGUGCUGGGCAUACGUGCUGGGGGAUUCAGAAUGCGCCAGGCACGGCGAAGUGUUUGAGUGAGCUUGUGUGGGAGGGUAAGGUUGGAAGUGCGGACUUGAAGAGUCUUGAUCCGAGGAGAGUCAUGUGA